GUGAAAACAGUGACAAUUCAGAGGAUACAAAGACGCCUCGGACGAGAGAUGAAAUCACAGAAAGUCGAGCCAGCGACGUGAACUAUGACCCAUCCUUGUACUCAUUAAGGACAGGACUAGAGCGGAAGUAAUAUUCUACACCGGUGGAGUAGGGUUGAGGGAAGAGUACUAGGAAAUUCACGAAGUUAAUGGUGGUGACGAGGUCAUGUUUUUUUUGUCUUGUUACGAAUUGACUCUCAUUCGGGCAUGUCUUUUUUUAGUAUAGUUUCACUGACAUUUUAUAGAUAAAACAUAAAGUAGCUAGCCGAUUUUUGCAACUCAAAUCUCUAAAACAGCGACCCGAUUAUUUGUGAUCACUUCAUUUUUGAUAAAAGUUUUUUCAAAUUCGUCUCAACUCUACAUAAUUGUUUGCCGACAUGUAGUAACAUUUGACACGUUCGAAUUAGAGAAGCUGAUACAAAUGGGAAUCAUUAGGGGAAAACCUAUAAUCCAUCGCUAGAAUUUGUAUUUCAUUCUCGCCCAUUCUUAUCAUCGCCUCGGCAGUUGAGGAAUAAUGUAGUGUCGAGUAAUAAUGAUGGGCGGAGUUAAACGUCUUCGUAUUUCAAUCCGGAUUCAGCUGUUGGAGUUAAAUUUGUGUCAACGACGGUACGUUGUAAUUCAGUUAUUGACUGCGAAAUCGUAAGUCGACCUUUGUUCCUAGCUCUUCAACUUUUUAUCAAGAAAAUCCUGAAGGGCUUCACACAUUGUAUGAUUAUGCAAUGCGAUUGUAACAUUUCACGAUUUAAUCCACACGCUAGAUUAGGUGCUUUCGGGAAGUUGCAAUGCUCCUUUUUUAUGAGAAAUAGGCAGCCCAGACUGUGAACUCUUUGGCAUUUUGGGUGGGUGACACUAUUAUCGACCUACUCGUUUUGUUCUCCAUGAAAUUUUCAUACAUCAACAGGUGUAUAUAUAAGGUGUGUACAUUUCCGUUUAUCUACUAGAUUUGGAACGGCAGCGGAACAUGAAUUCAUACUUAAAAUCAUGUGCCACCACCAAUUAAUUGCGAGCAGCAGUUCUACACUGUUCAAAAGUUUUACCGAAAUUUUGCGACAAGUGCCUACUUCAUUAAGACUUAUAGCCAUUUUUCUUCAAAUUCAUGACAACUGUGAAUUUGGGUUGAAUUAUUUGAUGAAAAAAUAAUACAAGACCACGGUGAAAUAACAAAAUCGUGAUCUAUUGGAUUAUGGAUAGGAAUUAGUAAAUAAUAAAAACUAAUUAGGUUUAGACUUUAACGUUUUUUUAAACGCACUCAGAAGGUAUAUCUUUCUCCUAUGACCUCUGCAACCCCACUGACUCAUAGCAAUCAAAGUUUUCACGCUCUGGACCCAUUUGACAUCAGGUCCAUGUUCAUUCAUCUCUCUCUAUUUUAGUUUAUAUGAACUAUUCCCCUUAUCCUGAUGCUGCUCUAAUAAAAAUUAUAAAAUAAUAAUAGGAGCCAAAACAGCUAAUAUAAUAUAAAUAAAACAGCUAAAACAUACCAAGCACUCUCAAUAUAAUCCUUUUCUGAUUUUAUUAUGUUUAUGCAGACAUUGAUAGAAGGUCGCGUUUCAGUUCUCCUGAUAGAAGGUAUGUCAAUGCCGUACCAUAAAAGAUUGAAUGCAGGAAAGAACAAACUGAUAUUUUGCCUUUUUAAUUUGUACUGGAAUUUUCUCCUUUUAUUAAUUCUUUCUUUUAAUGUUACUACUCAUUAUCAGUGAGAUAUAAACAUGACCAAUCAACUGACGUAUUUAUAAAUGAAUUCAUAUACGCCAUCAAUAUUUCAAAGUGGAUACCCAAAGUGUAUAUUGUCAUUUGUACUUACCAUUACCACUCUCAACAGUGGUUACUAGAGGAAAGAGACCGAGUUGUCUUCAUCGUUUAACUCGAAUUCAUCGUCUGAUUUAUGACUCAUUAAUUCGGUGCAUUUAGUAAUUCACCUGUUCUAUUUUAAUUUGAAGAGGUAUGUGACAUUUCGUUGUGUUCUUGGAUGGGUAAAUCGCAAACAAUUUAAUAAUCCUACAAAUUCUGAAUCUUACAGGUUUUUCAUUUUGUUUUAGCAUUAGAAUAGACAAUUUUUCGUGAAUAUACUAUCAACAAAUGACGCAUUAUCAUGGAUAGACAGACCGUAAUUACUUUCUGUUCUUUGCAAUUGGUGGAAACUCAGGUGGAAAUUCUCAUUUUGGAAAUAUCUUCUCGGCUUUCCGUCUUCUAAUCUUAUUCCUCGGGUAACACUUCAGAUGGUAAAUUCCUAGAGGCUGUGAAAGUUGACAGAGAAAAAAAGGGCAGAUGGGGAAUUAAAACCUUUUGGAUGACUGAGGGGCCCGCUCAGGACUGCUUUACGGCGUAUCAUGAUAUCCCCGUAUUUUACUAUCAACGCUCUCACCAGCUAAUCUACUCGGAUAAAUAAUAAGGAGCCUUAUAUAGUUCGGAUGCAUUUGUGACCGGAUGUUUGAGCUCACGUAAUUAGCAACCCUCGUUUUCGCCUUGGGCAGUUAACUCCUCACUCAUUACCACUUCAUCGCCCUUUUAUCGAGAUAUACUAUUUUUAGAUCCCGCGAAAUGAAUACAAUAUUUUGGCUAACCACAAUUAGCUGAUCUGGUUCUACUUAACGAGAACUCUCGCUGGCUGCAAGAAACCGUGCAAUCCGAAGAUAUUGGUUGACCCGUAUGCUACUCACAUUCAUCAUUAUCAAUUAGACAAAACCAACAUGAUCUCGUAAAAACGUGCGGAAAAUGCCCUUUAUCACUGAAAAAUCGAAAAUAUAUGUAUAUAUGAAAUGGAAUUAUAUCAAUAAGUAAAUGGGACAUCUCGCCAUUUCGUGAGAGAAUAUUAACACGUAGCUUCUGUUGGUAAUACAUGAAUUCAAUAUCUACGCAACUUCGGCAAAACGUCAAUGCUGUUGCGAGGGCCAUUCCUCAAGCUCUACCCCCAAGCCCUAACGAAGCAUCAUAGGACAGCAAUAAUAAUAAUUCUACGGAAGAUUCGGAAAGUGAAAGAGGCAGAAGCCCACAAAAAUUCCAUGAGUCUGGUAGGAUGGACAGGAGGAGGCAAUCUCCAGAGCAGAGGCGAACACCAGAACCCCGCACUCCUAGGGAUAGCUCCAAGCAAGACAGAGCUGAUCGUCUUCAUCAGGAAGUACGAUCCCGUCGGGAAUCAGAUGAUAGAAGACAUGAUACGGAUAUGAAGGAUUCAAGAGAUCGAAAAUCUCGUAGUAAUGGUCGUCGAUCACGCGAUGAUGAUCGUAGAAGUUCCAAAAAUAUCUCAAGGGAGGAGUCCCGACGCGACGAACGCGAUCGAAGUGACAAAGAUCAUCAUAGAGAUCAUCACAGAAAUGAUAGACGAGAUAGGAGAAGGGAGAGAAAUAGGAGACAUUCGAGAAGUGAUCGAAAGGACCGAUACAGAGAUGAUAGAUCCUCACACCAUAAAGACAAGGAUAGAGAAAGAGUUAGGUCAAGAUCCCGAUCAAAGGAUAAACCAGUGGCUCCCUUCAGGCCGAUGUCAUAUAGAGAAGAAAAGGGAAGAAGUAAACUAGCACAACUGGAGAAGCUGGGGAUCGAGCUGAAAACACCCGAUGGCAACUCCGUGACACCUAACCUGGAACACAAUUUCUACAACCCCCUGGCCACUGCCACGCAAGGAAAAUAUGCUGAACAGAUACAGAAACGAAAACUUCUUUGGGCAAACAAGGCGAAGUCUGAUGAAGGGCAGGCGCCGACAACAGCUAUUGCUGGGACAAACACCUGGGUAGGAACGACCUUCACUCACGACCAGGAUGGAAAGAUGACGGCGAAAUUCAAGAGACUAAUGGGAAUUAAAGGUGAUGCUGCUCCUGCUGCUCAGACGACAGGAUCUAAACCAGACAUUCUCAAGAAACAAGAAGAAAUGUUUAACAACAUGGAACAACAGUACGAAGUGGCUAGAGCAACCACUCACACUCAGAGAGGCGUAGGGUUGGGCUAUGCAAGUGGGACUUACCAAUUUCCACGAUAGAUAUUAAUAAGUAUUUCAUUGAUUGAUCGAAUUCAAUUAGUGAACAGUACGAGAUAAAAGUUUUCGAAAUUUCUGAAAGAAUGUUGAAAAGAAUGAAAAAUCUAAUUGAAAAACUUUGUAAAGUCACUCGAUGAAAAGAAAGAAUGGGAGAAGAUAAUUUCCGAAUUUGUGAUGAAAAUGAGUAUUUCAUACUUAAUAUAUAAUAAUAGUGUCAAUCAAAUUAUUGUUUGGAGGAGAAUUGUAGGAUAGAAAUCGGUAGAAUGAUGUCAUUCGAUGGAAAUGAUGCCACGGAAAAAUGUCAGCAAAUGUUUGUGUCACUCUGUCCAUGAGGCAGCGCUUAUCUCAUCUGUGAACGCUGUUAAAUAGGCGCAAUUAUGGAAAAUUUUGUUAGGCAGUCAGGUGAAAAAGAAUUUUCUAGCGCAUGCUAAACAGUUACUCUGUUUCUCAAACAGCUUCGUAUUCACCAGGAGAGUUUUAUUCGAUCAUGGAACAGGAAUAACUAUUUCAGUUCUAAUAACAUGUACAGAAUUAGAUUGCAAACGGAAAAUUUGAUGCUAAACAUGACGAUUUCUCUCUUCCCCAUCCUGAAACAAAUGAUCUUGAAAGCAAAAUUGAGGAGAAAUGAAUUUAUACGUGAGCGCGGUUUCCAUGCUCCAGUUCUGCUACUCAAUAGUAGUUACGUCACCAAUGAGUUUAUAAAAGAUACAAAAAACAAAUAAAUAAAUUAAAGAUAAUAACAUUGAA